AUGCCCCCAGUGAAGGACCUGGUGGUGAUGCCCUCAGUGAAGGACCUGGUGGUGAUGCCUCACAAAGGACCUGGUGGUGAUGCCCUCAGUGAAGGACCUGGUGGUGAUGCCUCAGUGAAGGACCUGGUGGUGAUGCCCUCAGUGAAGGACCUGUGUAAAGGACCUGGUGUGGCCUCAGUGAAGGACCUGGUGGUGAUGCCCUCAGUGAAGGACCUGUGUGAUGCCCACAGUAAAGGACCUGGUGGUGAUGCCCUCAGUGAAGGACCUGGUGGUAAUGCCCACAGUGAAGGACCUGGUGGUGAUGCCCACAGUAAAGGACCUGGUGGUGAUGCCCUCAGUGAAGGACCUGGUGGUGAUGCCCACAGUGAAGGACCUGGUGGUGAUGCCCACAGUGAAGGACCUGGUGGUGAUGCCUCAGUGGGGACCUGUGGUGAUGCCUCAGUGAAGGACCUGGUGGUGAUGCCCCCAGUGAAGGACCUGGUGGUGAUGCCUCAGUGA